GCAGAAGAAAAUCGUUUUUUUCCCCCUCCCUCCCUUGUUGUUCGGAUGGAUCUGAGGGGCUAACUAACUGCUAACUGUUCGUGUCUAACACCGGCAAGUGGGUCAAGUUCCUAAUAUCUCCCAAAACAACAGCGAGAAAGGGUUUUAGUUGACUCCCCCCCGAAGAUAUGACACAUUUCUGAUUGACUUUAUCCGGAAGGAAAGGUGUUCUUGAAGACUCCGCCCAAGCAGUCGUCACACACUUAUGCCCAGCCUGAUCAUGGAGCGCAAGAGAAAGAUCCUGCAGAGCAUCCUGGAGGACGGCAACACCGUGGACUUGACAAACUCUGGCCACUUCUGCUUCAGCUGCGAGCAGAUCUUCGCCAAUCAGACGUGCCUGGAGGAGCACGUGUGUCCCCUGGCGAGUUUCAUCUGCUCCUGUGGCACGGAGUUUACCGAGUACAAAGACAUGCUGGAGCACAGCACCACACACGAACCCGGGCAUCAAGUGCUCGACCAUAAAACCAUAAAGAAGCGCCGCAUCGAGAAGUUCAGGGAGGAGGACGAGAAGCUGAAGAGGCUGCAAAAGGGCGAGGUUGUCUGGAAGGCACCCGGCGAGGGCAGCCUGCCCUCAAUUUCCAAACUUCAAGUACCCAACACUUCCGGUGCCGCCUCGCGGGUCUCCACGCAGACGGCGAAGGUCCCACAAGUGCCCGAUUUGUUCUCCAAUCCUUCCGCCGCCGCCGUGCAAAACAUUUUCGCCGACGUCGGUCCGCCGACGGUGGACCUUUGGACACUCUAUCAGCCCGUCGUGCUGUUGAAAACGAUGCACAACUCCAGAAAGACAAACCCGUACACCUGCGGUAAAUGUGAACAGGGGUUCGUGUCCAAAGUGGCUCUGGUCGCCCACCACAGCUCGCACGUGGUGGAUAAGGUCUCCGGCUGCAUAGGAUGCGGGCUGCUGCUGUCCAGCAAAAAGCUGGUGCCUCGAUUCCACGCCUGCAAUUCCAACAGCCAGAGCAAACACCGGCUCAUCACCGCUAAGCCGCUGAGCUACAAGCCCCGGAGCGGAGCCGUGGCUAAAAAGAUCCAGCCUUCCCGUCCGCCUCAGGCCCCCUCCGCUCAGCAGCUGGAAAACCAAAACCCGAGCGCAGCCGGCAAGGGGAGUCGGCCACCUCAAGCCGCGAAGAAAACCCUGAAUAUCAGGACGUACAACAACAGCGCCGGCCGAGUGCCGCCCAUCAGCGCACCUCUGCAGCUAAAGAGUCAGAAUCCCACCGCAUCCAAACCCUACUCCGGGGUCCCCACGGCAGCCAAGAGUCCCAAAGGUCGCCGCGUUCAGUCCGGGCGGCCAGAGGGGUCGCGCCGGCGCCGCCGCGGCACAGAAGACGGCCGACGACCCGGCGGUGCCGAGCGCACAGAACGGCUUCGCCUGCCGGGUCUGCCACCUUCCCUUCGAGAGCGCCCAGCGGCUCCAGAGGCACAAGUGCGUCAAGGCGCAGGAGUUCAUGGCCAAGCACAUGAUGGCCAGCAAGCGCGAUUACAAGAUUGUAAAGGUGACCCCGGGCUCCCCGCAGGUGAACGGCGAGAGGAAGCUGGGCUUUUCUGCCGUCGCCACAAAGAAGCCCCAACACACGGCGGUCAGCCUGGAUAAGGGGAAGGCGUCGGCGCCGGUCAACGGCGGCGCCGGGGGGGAGUCUGACGAUGACUGUUUCAUUGUUGAGAGUGGACCUGAAAAGCCCGCGGAGGUGAUUUAUCAAGUAACCUCGUCUGUCCCCAUAAAAAGUUGACUAGUAGUCUAGCGAGGCACAUUGUGUUUGCAUGUUGCCGUUUUAUGUCGACUACCAGGGGAGGGCGGGGGCCGUCGGCGUCUUUUCAUCACAGAGACUACAAUCUUCUGAGCUUUCUCCAGACUGCUUUAGGGAGUAGAGAGUUACGGUUCAAACGCUUCUUUAUUAAGUCAGAUAUCCAUUUAUAAAAUCAUGUGUUGGUGUAGAUUGUUCGGGAGUUUGAAGUCCCCGCCCCUGGGAUGGGAGCUUGUGUAAAUUAGGUUGCUCGUCAUGAUAUGUGUGCAUGGUUUAUCCCGCUGUUGAUGGGGGGGGAAACCAGGUACUGUGUUUUUGAUCAGGUUUUUAGUCGGAUGAGAAUUUGUUGUAAAGCUGUGGGACUGAACCCUUCCUACCUUGUGUGUUCCUGCCACCUGUGUUUAUGAAGUUUAUGAAAACAGUAUAUGAUGUAUUAAAGUAUAUUUUCAAACUCUU